AUGGGGAUCGGGAGUAAAAAGAGGAGAUCUCCACCGCCGUUGCCCGCGCCCACCGAAACCAAUUCGACAAUUAUGAGCGGCGGCCCAAGUGACUACGUUGCAAGCGACUACGCUCACAGCGACCUUGGCACCGAUGUUUCCAGACCGGGCGACGACAAAUCCACCUAUUCCCUCCCCGACGACGGAACCCCCGUCACCAUCAGGACGGGGCAUCGGCAAAGCAAAUCGCAGACCUCCCUACUGAUCGAAUAUUUCGAAGGUGGUAAGACGAGCAGUAUAUCCGGCACAAGCUCACAUCGGAAACCGAGCGUUCGCGUUCGCGUUAGACCGAGCAGCAAGCACCGGUCCAAGGGCGGAUCGGAUCGGGAUCGCAUCAAAAUCACACAAACAAAGGCGAGGAAAUUGAGCCCCAGUCGCCGGUCUGUGCCUGCCCGUAGCGAAGUGGAAGAUCUCUCGGUGCUCAGCGGCGACAUGGAGGACGCGGGCUCGUAUGCUUCGGCGACGGAAGAGAGCAACGUCAGCCGGAACCCCAUCGACAUUGAGAUCGAGCGGAGUGGCAAUGCUCGCCGCCGUCGCCCAGCAAGCCCGCUCAUUCCGACGGCCGACAGCAAAGCCAGCUACAACAACUCUGCCAUGAGCGAGAUUUCAGCCAUCCCCGCCGACAGUUUCCUUGACGGGUCCGGGCCGGCUACGUCAUUUGGCAUGUCCGAGGCCAAGAGCACCAGGAGCAGGAGCCCUUCUCGCACAGGCGAUUACCUCCUCGGUGCUGCCGCGGGGCUGGGAGCUGCCGCCGUCGCCGAUAAGGUCCGGAACAAGAGCCGCGAUAGCCGCGAUGGCCGCGAAGACCGCGAACGAGACAGGGUGGUCGUAUCCAAAAACCGAGACAAGGAUAGGGACAGGGACCGCAAGCACAGGUCAAGCAAAAGCCGAACAAGUAGCGUGUCAAAGGACGAGAAGUACUCUGAGCGCGCCAAGUCGCCACGGAGGAGAUCCAAGGGGCAUAGCGAGUCUCUCAUUUCAGGAGUAGAUUCUAGCGUCGUUUCCGCCUUCGCGCCAAGUCAUCGCUCUAUGGACCAACACUCCAUUCGGUCCGGCGCUUCGAAGACUUCGUCAAUCAAUAACCCCAAACUCCUCGAGACGGUUGAGGACGCCAUUCGCCGCCUCAUCCUCCCAGAGCUCAACGCGUUGAAGAGGGAACAGAGCCGGCGCGGGACUCGCCGCGACUCGACCACAUCCAGCGCAACCACAAUCUCGAGGGACGAGUUUGCGAACGAUCGGCGGCGGUCUGGAGCCCUUGACAAGAGUAUUGUCACGCCGCGCGAUAGCAUGAGGAGUAAAGAGAGCCGAGAUCGCGAGGCCCGUAAUGACUUUGACGACAGUAGCGCUCUCAGUCACGAUACCAUUGAAGACCAUGAUCUUGACGACACCCCGGGCCGCAGCACAGACCGGCUCAAGGCUGCUGCCACCGGGGCUGCCAUGGGUGCGGCCGCUAUCGCCGCCCACGAGGUACUCCAGUCACCUUCCGACGACAAACAGCGCUCUAGGCGACGGCGCAGAGCUGAGAUGCGGAGUCGCGGCUCCGAUCUGGCUCUGGAGGAUGAGGAAUCAGAACUUGGGCCGCCGAUUCCGCCGAUGCCGUUGAUGAGCGAAAUGCUUGCUUCUGAUGUGACAAGGGCAUCCAUCCUAACCGCAGAAACCGAUCGGCCACAUUCCGCAAGCGAAGAGCUGGCUCCCAGCCGAGAAUUACCACACGACCAACUAUCCUCAGCGUCAACCCCAACUCCCACCAAAACACCAAUCACAUUGCAGCAGUCGUUGGGAACUCAACAUGCUAAUAUCUCUCACGGGGAUCUCAAGACGUUGCCUCAUCAACGAACCGGACAAUGGGACGAGUACAUCAUUGAUGACAACGGGAAGCGAGUGCCUUCACGUGCCUCUAAGCAUUACCAAGGAGACGAGGACGAAGUGGACGAUCCCGAUUCCGGGCCGGCAUAUGCUCCCGACAGCCCUUAUGACUACUACAGCACCCAGGAUGUGCCGCCCCCGCUGAAGUACGUGCCGUAUCAGCCGGAGCGUCGCGGCCUAAGCCCAAUCCCAAGUAUUUCUGGUUACACGGAGACCGGAAGCGAGAUUCGAAACCCAGAGUCGCGGGCUUCACACCGAACCAACGAUUCUAUCGUAUCGGCCGGAAAACCUUCACGAGAGGACGGGCCCACAAACCGUGAGAUAUUCGAUGACGACCGGAGCGUCAGAAACCCGGGCAUGAACCCAACGGACAGCGAGCUUGGUGGUGUCCCAUCUAGGGACGAUGUCCGUGCUGUGAACCUGAACCCUGAUUUUGUUCAUCCCGCUGGUAUCGAAUCCAACGUGGCUUCUCUCGUCGACGGGUCGAUGCUUGAGGGGUCCGCCUUAACAGGCUCCUCUAGCGCCGUUGGCAACCAGCUGUACAACGGGCGCGAGUCAAUGGCAACGCUCGACGAGGAGGUGCCUCGCGAUCCGGGCACCCCGGCCAAGCGCUCCGUGGGGAGUCGCCACGACUACCCCGAAGAACGAGAGGCUACUCCCACCUCUGGGAGCCACCGCUCCCGCGAAUUUGUCGAGUAUGAACUCGACGAGUAUGGUCAGAAGGUACCCCAGACCACCUACCGACAGUCGCCGACCAUGUCGGAGGCAGCCAUCACCAGCGCAGCGGUCGGUGCCGCCGCCGCCGUUCUACGGGCCCAAAAUGCCAAGGGACAACAGGUCAUUGCGGAUGACGAGAUGGACUUUCAGGGGGCCGGCGUCCAAAGGAACAAGUCGUUCAAGGAACGCACACAGAACGGGCCGCGCCCGGGCAUCGACACCGCCAGUGCCGAGAGACUGGUACACGGCGAGGAGCAGCAGCCCAAGCUGGGUUUCAGCGGCCUGCCGGAUCUGAAUGACCCGAUGCCGGAAAUCGGCUGGCAAGACGACGAUGACCUGCUCACUAACCCGUCGCUUCUCGGCGGCGAGGGUGGCCGCGAUGAAGAAGAACAUUGGGCUGGCGACGCCACACCCCGCCAGCGCCCCCAACACCACGACGAUGAUGUUGAGUACCGCGGCUUGGACGGGGCCCACCUUGAGCCGGAAUUGCCCCAACAAAGGAGCGGGCAAGACUUGGCUAUGACCGGUGCCGCUGCGGCUUUGAGUGCGGCCGCAGGCAUGGCGGCAGCCCAGAGCCACAGCCGUCAACCCAGCCAGGAGCAUGAUGAGUGGUAUAGGACGUCCGAGGACAAGAAGCGCGAUACUCUUGUCACCAACCCUUACGAGGGAUCCAGCCCCAUCGCAAACAUCCCCGGCCUCAACACCAACCUGCUUCCAGGUUUCGAUAACUCGGGCUUCGGCGACCUCUAUGGUACCCGGAGCCCGAUGGGCCACAAGGUGGACGAGGGCUAUAUCUCGCAGGGCCCCAACAAGACGCCUGACCUCCAGGGUGGUGCAAAGGGCAAGGGCGUGGACUUCAACGUCGUCCCGGGUGCUGGCGGCCCGAGCGUUGAGGACCCGUUCUACAACACCCCAAAACAUACUCGGCAGCUCAGCGGCAUGUCCCAAGGCAUGGGCUCUCCGAUGUAUGAUGCCGCGACUGGCACCGGCAUCGAGAGGAUAGAGUCCACGGACAUCAUUGCAUUGAUGCAGCAUUUGAUGGUUCGCGACGCUCAGCGCAGUGCUCGCGACACGGAGAUCCUUGUCACUCUGGUCCGUUCCGCGACGGAGAUGCGCAAUAAUUUUGAGGAGGUCAAGCGCCUGCUCGCCGACACGGAGGAUGUGAUCAUUACGGAGGUCAAGGAGAAUACCGAAAAGACUGUUCAGCGCGCCAUCAAUGGCCCCCGCCCGUACCCCGGCAGCGCACCGCGCUCGAUCCAAGGCGGCUCGCAAGCGGGCACUAUCAACGGUGAUGACAUCAACAACAAGAGGAGGAGCAUUUUCCGUCGUGCGCUGAAAGGUCUGAGUGCUAAGGGGGCCAACGACCUCGGCAGGAUUGAGGACAUGCUCAUGCAGCUUCUUACUGAAGUCGAUGUUCUCAAAGCGCAAACGGCUCCGGGCAUCCAGGGGAACCAGAGCACCCACAACGAGCAACUAUACGAUCACAUGGAGCCUGAGAUCCAAAGCGAACAAGACCACGGCUACGAGCCCGAUGGCAUGGCCGGCACGUCAACAGCGAGCCAUGCCUCCCAGUCUGGAUAUCUCUCGAUUCAGUCGCGUGGGACGUCGGUCAAGCCCGGGUACGACCGCAAGGUUUCAGCGCACAGGAUAAGCACCGUGCCCGAAGACAAUGAGGAAGAAUAUGACCACGGGCGGAGGGACGGCGAGCAGCACUUAAUGACGCCCGUCCAGGAUCAACGCGGUAGCUCGGUGCCGCUGGCAACCCCGCCUGCCCCUGCCGCGCAAGCACAGGCGUUGAUGAGCAACGAGAACACUCCCAAGACGGAGGAAAGCGGCAAGAAGAAGUCAAGAUCCAGCUGGUUCCGCAUUCCCAAGAUCUCGCGGUGGUCGGAAACGACAACGUCUAGCGGUGUGCAGACGGAAUCUCCUCGCCACAGCAAGCAGUCCAGCAAGGACGAGACCGCCCAGUUCCCCACCGGACCGUCCCGCUCAGGGUCCCUCGACCACUACCAAGACAACUACCAGUUCGCCCCUCCCCAGGCCAUCCAGACUGAUAAACUACAUACUGGGUUCUCGGAGACGGACCUCCCCCAAGGAUACCGCGAUGACCAAGACGACCAUAUGUACGGGCAGACGUCAUCCCCGUCGCAGCCUGACGCCAACUGGGUCAGCAUGAACAUGACGCCCGAGAAUCCCAAGUACAUGACGCCUGAGGAUCCCAAAUACAAGGCGCACCGCGACUCGCUGAACCUUGUGCACCCGCAACCGCGCCAGGGCCAGACCGAGCGCUUCAAGGCCGCACUCGAGUCCCAGGCCCUUGGCUUCGACUCAUCUCUCGGCCCCAAGUCUGACUGGGCCGGCUCCGUCACUAGCCUGCACCGCUUUGGCCAGCAGCAACAGCAGCAGCAGCAGCACACCGACAACUACGGCUCCCCGGGGGGUGACCACCACUACCAGCAGCAACACUGGACCUCCUCCCCGGCCGCGGCCGCGAGUAUGACGGCCACAUCCGGCGGCGCUCCGCCGCCCCCGACCGCCCAAGGAGGCCCUCGACAGCGACCUCCCGCCAACAAGCGGCUCAGCAAGCUGCAGAAGAAGCAGGGCAGCCCGCUGCCGCACCACAGCGUGGAGAGCGGCUACGGCACCAUGACGCACGGCGUGCCUACCGCCAGCUACAUCAGCCAGAGCCACCACUCGCACCACAGCGCCGGCAGCAGCACGCGCGAGGGCGCCGGCGGCGGCGCCAGCAGCCCCCGGCUCGAGAACCGCAACCUGAGCGGCGCCCUGCUCUCGGCGCCUGCGAACGGUGUUAACAGGAGGCCCAGCGGGCCCAGGCCGAUGACGCCGACGGGGUCGGGAUCGAGGGGCAGUGUCAAUGGGAGUGGUGCGCUCGGGGAGGAGAGGGAUAGGCGGAGAGAUACCUUUGGCUCGCAGGACACGGAGACCUUCUAA